AUGAAAUUCAUCUCGACCCUCUUGUUUGCUACUUUGGCUAUCUUCGGUGCCGAUGCUACGCCAAUCUCAUCGGAUCACACUUCCGGAUGCCUCAACUUUCCAGACGAUGGAAGUUGGAUACAAGUGCCGGACUUUGAGUCCAACGGUGAAUUCUUGGCCGCACUGAAUUCCCCCUUUCAAUACAGUGCCGAAAGCAACCAUUCGACUCAAGUAGUACGGGUCAAACCUACUGGAGAACUCGUUUCGGGUGACAGUAACGAUGAUGAUGGUUGGACUCUUGCUAUUUUCGAUACUGCGCCUCCCCGUGACGAACGUCUUGCUCCAGGUAGAAUGUUUGAGCUUUAUAAUCCCAACGCGCCCAAACACCAGGCUUGGUACAAGAAUGAUGAAAAUGGCAAGUUUGCAGUGGCUUGGAAUUCCACCUCUGGCGAUGGCACUGCAUUCAAUUCCUAUCAGAUUGUGCUCUCGACGACAAACUACUCUACCAAUAGCACAGAUAUGAGAGACGGCAACAAUGUCUGUUUUUGUUACGGUGAUAUGCAGUGGGGUCCAGGAAAGGUGAAGGUUCACUCCUCUGGAACAUUGGAUCAUGCCCAUGUGGACUAUUCCGCUGGGACCUUUGAUAAUGCCGCUGUCCACUCGUUGGACCACAAGACUUGCUGCUUUAGCGCCGACAAGCUGAAUGGACUGGGACCAAACCACAACUUUUUGUCUCUGUGCAAUAACGCUGCCAGCCCAACCACGGAAGCUGGCUCCAAUGGCGACCCGCACUUCAAGACUUGGCACAAUCAACACUUUGAGUAUCACGGUCAGUGCGAUCUUGUCUUGACCAAAGAUCCCGACUUUGCCAAUGGACUUGGCAUUGAUGUUCACAUUCGCACCAAACUCGUCAGACACUGGAGCUAUAUCAAGAAUGCUGUAAUUCGCAUUGGCAAUGAUAUUUUGGAGAUUGAAGGUUCUUCUGUGGAGUUUGAUUCCAAGCCUCACUACUGGAUCAACUACGAGUCCCAAGGAGAGCUUUCCCAGUUUGCUGGGUUUCCAGUGAAGAUGUUCUCUCAACAAGGAACGGCAGUCACCAAGAAUCGAAUCGAGAUUGACUUGAGUUCUGUCUAUCCAGGACAAAAGAUUGUCCUUUCUACCUACAAGGAGUUUGUCAAGGUUUCGUUCGAGAAUGCGAAUGAGGAAUCGUUUGGAACGAGUGUUGGUAUGUUGGGCGAUUUCAAUACUGGCCAAACUUUGGCUCGCGAUGGCGUUACUGUGCUCGAUGACUUUACCGACCUUGGGCAUGAAUGGCAAGUCCUUCCAUCGGACAAGCAUUUGUUCCGUGAAGCCUCUGCUCCUCAAUUCCCCGAAACAUGCAUUGAUCCCGAAGAUCCACGUGGCGAUCGCCGUCGUCGUUUGGAUGGAUCUUCUAUUGGUGAGGAAGAAGCCGAAACUGCCUGUGCUGGCAUUAAGGACGAGUUGGACCGCAAGGACUGCGUGUAUGACAUUUUGGCCACACAAGAUAUGGACAUGGCGGGAGCUUAUUGA